CACCCGAUGAGUCAACUAUCUUCUCUACAGGAGACCAGCGUGUCGCCUUUUCUGAUAAAUCUCUUGUAACUUUCACUUCCUGCUGCUGAUUACGAGCCGGCGUUAAACUGACAGAAUUUUGACUGGAGUUUGGUAAAACUUGACUUCCCAAGUUACGGCAGACAGACGGUCUCCCUCCCUCAGUGAACACAGAGAGGUCUGAGCCUCCGUCACCAUGACAGACAACAAGCGUCUCGCCUUCUCCAUCAUCCAGUUCCUCCACGAUCAGCUCCAGUCAGGGAAUCUGUCCUCAGGGGCCCAGGAGAGUCUGGAGGUUGCUGUUCAGUGUUUGGAGACGGCGUUUGAAGUGUCGACCGACGACCAGAGCCUCGCCGUCCCCAUGACGUUACCGGAGAUCUUCGCCUCGGCCACAGUGAAGCAUCCAGCUCAGUCGCAGGUCAACAACAACUCCACCCCGAACUCCAUCAGUGAGGAGCAGAGAGCCGAGGCGGAGCGGCUGAAGACUGACGGUAACGACCAGAUGAAGGUGGAGAACUUCGGAGCUGCUGUCGAGUUUUACUCAAAGGCCAUCGCCCUCAACCCUCAGAACGCCGUCUACUACUGCAACAGGGCUGCAGCCUACAGUAAACUGGGGAACUACGCCGGAGCGGUGCAGGACUGCGAACAGGCCAUCAGCAUCGACCCCAACUACAGCAAAGCCUACGGCAGGAUGGGUUUGGCUCUGGCCAGCCUCAACAAACACACAGAAGCAGCCAGUUACUAUAAGAAAGCUCUGGAGCUCGACCCCGACAACGACACGUACAAAACCAACCUGAAGAUCGCAGAGGAGAAGAUGGAGACCUCCAGUCCGACGGCGGGGAUGGGCGGGGUGGACCUGGCCGGUCUGCUCAGUAACCCCGGCUUCAUGAACAUGGCGUCGUCUCUGAUGAACAACCCUCAGGUUCAGCAGCUGAUGUCGGGGAUGAUGUCUGGGGCGUACGGUGGGAUGGGAGGUGGAGUAGGAGGAGGUGUGGCCCCUGGAGCCGGAGCCGGAGCCGGAGCCGGAGCUGGAGCUGCAGCUCCUGGAGCAGCCGGAGCCGGAGAUUUAUCAGGACUGAUCCAGGCAGGUCAACAGUUUGCUCAGCAGAUGCAGCAGCAGAACCCAGAACUCAUCGAACAGCUGAGGAGUCAAAUCCGCAACCGAACGCCCAGCAGCAACGAGGAGCAGCCGUGACAUCAGAGACCGUUCGGCAGGUUUACGUGUGGAGGAGACGUAACGACCGUCUGUUCCUUUUUUUCUUUCUGAUUUGGAUCAUUAUAACUCGAAGGACUAAAAGGAAGUUUUUGUUUUUUCCAUCACUGAGUAAUUCCUGCAUGAGAGAGAGAGCGAGGCGUCCCGUUUGGUUCAGGAGCCACUUCACCAAAAAAACAAACAAAAACCACCACCACCCACUUCCUGCGGCUCUGUGUGGUUUUUAGGAAGAACAUUUUGACGUAACACUUUGAUAUCCAACACUGAUUAAUUCUAAUAAAUCGAGCUCUGACAGCAACAUGGGCCCAGGUGUUAAACAGCUGUAGAGAGGCAGGUCAGCAGAGAUUAAACCUGACGCUUGAAAUGUCUUUUUUUUCCUCUAAAAACUACACAGUGUAACUUUGAAUGCAAUUUUUGGUCCAGUACCUUGUUUAUGGUGAGUGUGUGAGAGUGUGAGUGAAUGAGUGAGUGAGUGAAUAUCAGGGCUGAUUUAGUGUAAAUGAACUAAUCCUGUGUGGCAGGUGAAACUCCUCGGUCACAUGGAGCUGAGAGGAGCAGCUGUUUCAACACAGUUUGGAAAUUAAAAAGAGCAUCUCAACAUUUUA